GGACGGACCAUCGGAUGAGAGGUGGAUUGGGUGCGAGAUGGAUGACUCAGUGUACGGAAUCUUACAUCUGCUUGCAGAAGGUCACCUCAUAGGCAACUUGAAGAGUAUCGGAAAGAGAACGUUCGUGCGCAAAGUUAUUCCUGAAUACUUGGUCGGAUCCUACGAGAGGACAAGGGACUCGACAAAGAGGCAUGAGGGAGGCACGAGAAAAACGCGCUCAUUGAAAUCUUUCGGAUGAGUUGAGACUUCCGUCCAAGGUCCAAGGCAGGAUGCAGAUGGAUGAUUUGGCGUUAGGAAUGCGUCCAUACGGAGAAAUACCCACUGAUCGUAGAAUUAAUGAAGGCUGAGAAAGCCGUUGAGUAGACGGAGACAUGACUUCCCUGUGCGUGCACUUAUGCUAUGAACAGAAGAUUUCGUUCUAAGGUGCCCACAGGAGGCAUUAAGAUGCGCAACGAAUGAGAUGAACUUCUCAAUAGCAGUAUUCCAAGUCACUGCUAGAGCAGGAAUAGAGUUAACAGCACCAUGUGACUCUUAAAUGUAUGGCGUAUGCAGCUAUUAGAGUCUUUCGAGAAAGUAUCCCUUCGGAUAUUUUAAG